AUGGCUGAUGCUGAAGCUAGCACUGCUAUGGCUGAGGAGGCCAGGCCCGACUCGAAGACUGUGCAGGUGCUGCGGGACAUGGCCAACCGCCUGCGCAUCCACUCCAUCAGGGCCACGUGCGCAUCGAGUUCUGGCCACCCCACGUCAUGUAGCAGUGCUGCCGAGAUCAUGUCUGUGCUGUUCUUCCACACAAUGAGGUAUAAACAGUCUGACCCAGAGAGCCCAGACAAUGACCGAUUCAUCCUGUCAAAGAGACUGUCGUUUGUUGAUGUGGCAACAGGAUGGUUUGGUCAGGGACUGGGGGCUGCAUGCGGGAUGGCAUAUACUGGCAAGUACUUUGACAAGGCCAGCUACCGGGUAUUCUGCCUCAUGGGAGAUGGCGAGUCCUCAGAAGGCUCCGUCUGGGAGGCAUUGGCCUUUGCUUCCUACUACGGUCUGGACAAUCUGGUGGCAAUCUUUGAUGUGAAUCGCCUGGGACACAGUGGCGCCUUUCCUGCCGAGCACUGCAUAGAGAUCUAUAAGAAGCGCUGUGAAGCCUUUGGGUGGAAUACUUACGUGGUGGAUGGCCGUGAUGUGGAGGCUCUGUGCCAGGUGUUCUUGCAGGCAACUCAAGUGAAGAACAAGCCUACAGCUGUGGUUGCCAAGACCUUCAAGGGUCGUGGCAUGCCAAAUGUUGAAGAUGCAGAAAAUUGGUAUGGAAAGCCAAUGCCAAAAGAAAGAGCAGAUGCAAUUAUCAAAUUAAUUGAGAGCCAGAUACAGACCAAUAGAAACCUUAUACCAAAACCCCCUAUUGAGGAUUCGCCUCAAAUCAGCAUCACGGAUAUCAAAAUGACCUCUCCACCUGCUUAUAAAGUUGGUGACAAGAUGGCUACUCGGAGAGCAUGUGGUUUUGCUUUGGCCAAGCUGGGCCAUGCAAAUGACAGAGUCAUUGUGCUGGAUGGUGACACCAAGAACUCUACCUUCUCUGAGAUAUUCAAGAAGGAGCACCCUGAGCGCUUUAUUGAGUGUUUUAUUGCUGAGCAAAACAUGGUGAGCGUGGCGCUGGGCUGUGCCACCCGUGAUCGGACCAUUGCUUUUGCUAGCAGCUUUGCUGCCUUUUUGACCCGAGCAUUUGAUCAGAUCCGGAUGGGAGCCAUCUCUCAAGCCAACAUCAACCUCAUUGGCUCCCACUGUGGAAUAUCUGUUGGUGAAGACGGCCCCUCCCAGAUGGCCCUGGAGGAUCUAGCCAUGUUCCGAGCCAUUCCCAACUGCACUGUUUUCUAUCCAAGUGACGCUGUCUCGACAGAGCAUGCUGUUUAUCUGGCGGCCAAUGCCAAGGGGAUCUGCUUCAUUCGGACCAGCCGACCUGACAACGCAGUUAUCUACAGCCCACAAGAAAGCUUUGAGAUCGGACAGGCCAAGGUCGUCCGCCACAGUGUCAAUGACAAAGUCACAGUUAUUUCAGCUGGAGUUACUCUGCACGAAGCCUUAGCAGCUGCUGAUGAUCUUUCUAAACAAGAUAUUCCUGCCCGUGUCAUCGACCUGUUUACCAUCAAACCCCUGGAUGCUGCCACCAUCAUUUCCAGUGCAAAAGCCACAGGUGGCCGAGUUGUCACAGUAGAGGAUCAUUACCCAGAAGGUGGCAUUGGAGAAGCUGUCUGUGCAGCCGUCUCCAUGGAGCCUGACAUCCUGGUUCAUCAACUGGCAGUGUCGGGAAUGCCUCGGAGUGGGAAGCCGAGUGAGCUGCUGGAUGUGUUUGGAAUCAGUGCCAGACACAUUAUUGUGGCAGUGAAAUGCAUUUUAAAGAACUAA